AUGUUGAUAAGCUGUAGAGGUCAAAUGGCCACAGAUGGUGACGACUCACAGCAAGCUAUACCUAUGGGUAUACUACUGGCUACAAAAGGAACAGCAGGAGAUCGGCUUCUUUUCCUCUACCCUCCCUCACCAGCCAACUCAAAUGCUAAAUCAACAGAAGCCUCUUCGAGUACUUUAGUAGACUCUAUUUUGAAGACCGAUCGUGAUUCGAGAUUCAAAUCAUGUGCUCCUACGACGUCUUCUCAAUUUCCAGUGCUCAUGACAAUGCAGAACAUGAAGAAAUCUGGUGAAAUGUCGUUCCCAACACAGUUCAUACUAUCCACGUGCAUGUUGGCAAAUAUACUGAGCGUUAAAGAUUCAGCUGUUGAUGCCCCAUUCGAAUUGAAAGUCGACAACGUGCGAUUUGCUGGACAUCCGAAGAAGUUGCUGAGUAAAAAGCUCGCAUUGGCGAUUGAUUCGCUUCAAACCCAACGAGGAUAUUUCGCUGAGCAGGAGAGAGCUAUGCGAUCAGCAUUGGACGAAUUUGAAGCGGAGGUGUCAAGCCGACCGGAGAGCGACCAGUCACUCCUUGAGAUUCCGUGGGAAACGAUACGAAGGAAGAGCGCACUGGCUGAACUUCUCACUAAGGUUUACCUAGACGUUGGGCGAACUGGAGUAGUGCAGGCCGUACCAUGGGAUCCUACUCCUGGAAGACGUGUGGCCAAGUCCUGA